AUGGAUGAAUUAAUCAUUGGUACUUAUGAAGGAUUUUUACUCGGAUAUUCUCUGCGAACUGAAGAUGGUGUUACGCGAUUAAAACAAACAUUUGCGACACAUUCACAUACUUUCUCUGUGCGAUGUGUUUCAAUUGCUGGAAAGUUUCUGGCAUCCGGUGGCACCGAUGACAAAGUUGUUGUGAUAGAUUUGAAAACGCGUAAGGAGCAUACAGUCCUAAUGCACCAUGAUGGAACCAUAAAUGCUGUUGCAUUUACAAACGGCGGCACUCAUUUAUUAACUGGCAGCGAUGAUGGUUCAAUCAUUGUCACUCGAACAGGAAAUUGGCAGAUUGAAAAGAUUUGGAAAAAAGCACAUGGAGGUCAGCCAGUAACUGCUGUUGCAGUACAUCCGUCAGAUAAAAUGGCACUCAGUAUUGGUGGUGAUAAAACAUUGCGAACAUGGAACUUAAUUAAAGGGAGACCAGCAUUUACCAUAAACCUUGCUAGUAAAGGAGUUAACAUGCCAACAGAUAUAAAAUUUUCUCCUGGAGGUGAUAGGUUUUCGUUACUGUCCCUACAAACUAUUGAUGUUUGGACUAUUAGUAAAGCUGGUGUAGAGAAAAGAAUAUCUUGUAAUUCAAAACCAACAUCAGUACAAUGGAUUAAUGAUGAAAGAAUAUAUGUCGGUUUAGAGAAUGGUAAUAUUAUAACAUUAAAUGUCACCGACAGUCAAGCCCUUACUUAUCAAGGACAUAAACAAAGAGUCAAAUGUUUACACUAUGAAAAUAACAUGCUUUAUUCAGCAUCUAGUUCUGGUGAGCUAAAAUCAUGGCUGGUUAAAGAUGAGAAAUUGCAAGAAAUAUGCUAUAACAAUGCUUCUUGUAGAGUUACUUGUAUAUCAUUGAAUAGACAAAACCAUCUCAUCAAGAAAGAAGACUCUGAUGAAGAAGCUAAUAUUGAGAACAAUGUCAAACCAGAUGAUGAUGAUAGUGAUGAUUCUGAAAGUAUAAAUGAGAAAUCUCAACUAAAAAGAAAGCCUGGAGCAUUUGUCACUAUAUCUUAUGGUGAUGAGGAUGACAAUAAUAAAAGUAUAAAUUCCAUCACACCACCUGCUAAAAAAUCAAAAAAGAGAAAGAGAAAUAAGAUAUUAAAAAGUAAUGAUGAUUAA